UCCUCCUCCUCCUCUUCCCCGGUUGAUGUUUCUACAGCUUCGCCAAACUCCGAGCGGGGCAUCUGAUCGAAACCCCGCCAGGAGCAGGAGCCAGGCCGGGUCCGCGGGCCGGCGUGCCGAGCGUGGGAUUUCUCUCUGGGCUCGCCUGCGCCUCCUGCGAGCUGCUGCGGGCUUCCGCCUGGCUUGCUUGCUUUCCAUGGCUUUUCUGAAUGGCUGACUGCGGGCUUCGUUGGAUCUGGCCCCCAGACCCCCGCCUCUGUUCUUGCAACUCGGGUCGGCUUCAAGAGAGAGAGGGAGGGAGAGAUCUUUGAAGGGAACCGCUCGCUCUCUCUCUCUCUCUCUCUCUCUCUCUCCCCCCCCCCCCCAGCCGUCCUCUUUUGUAUUAUUUUUUUAACUUUUCUUCCCCUUUUGCUAAGACAAUCGCCUCGCGCCUUCCUCCUCCUCGCCUGAUUUUUUUUUUCCUUUUUUCCUUUCUCCUCCCGUCCAUUCGUCCGCGUUCCCCCUUUCUCAACCCCACUUUCGGCUGCCUGCCUGCUGCGUGCGUGCGUGCGUGUCUGCUUCCCGCAUUUAUUUACUAUUUUGCCAUCGUAACUGGGGGGAGAAGAGCCGUGCGAUCUUUUCUACCAUCUCUCUCUCCACCCCCCCUCACCACCAGCACCCUUUCCACCCAAAGCGUUAAAUUAAACUGAACGAAAGGACCGGCAAAAGGAGAGUGGGGGAAGAAACCCAACCAGAGAGCGAGAGAGAGAGAGAGAGAGAGACGGGAAAAAAAUUAAAAGAAAACCGCCACCGUCGCCGUUUACAACGCGCUCCCUUCUCCUCCGGAGCAACUUCCAAACCAAGAAAACCAGAAUUAACUUUGCCAGCGUGACCUGCGAGAGAAAAAGGCUGGAGGGGGGAGAGCAAAUAGACUACAAAUAAAAGCGGAAAACCACCACCCCCCCUCCCUCUCUCUUUAGACCGCCACAGCUCGCUUCGGCUACCCAAGGACAGGCGCAACCGGCCGGAAAAGCGGAUCCGGCGGCCACAAGCAAGCGACGGGGGGCCGCGCGAUUUGGCCACGGUGUCCCUUAGAUAUGGCAAUGGUAGUGGCCACCUGGCGAGACCCGCAGGACGAUGUGACCGGCCCGCAAGGAACGCAGCCUCCGCAAGCUCCCCCGGUGCCGGGAGUUCCUACCGGCGCCCCCCAUACCCCACAGACGCCCGUCCAAGGAGGGCCCCCGAGCACACCAGCUCAAACCAACCCGGGCAGCCAGCAGAACCAAGGCGAGAAGCAACAGCAACAGCAGCACAUCGAAUGCGUGGUGUGCGGGGACAAAUCUAGCGGCAAACACUACGGGCAAUUUACGUGCGAAGGCUGCAAGAGUUUCUUCAAGCGGAGCGUCCGGAGGAACCUGAGCUACACGUGCCGCGCCAACCGGAACUGCCCCAUUGACCAACAUCACCGCAACCAAUGCCAAUAUUGUCGCCUCAAGAAAUGCCUGAAGGUUGGCAUGAGACGGGAAGUUUCUUUUUUAUUCACGGCAGCCGUCCAGAGGGGCAGAAUGCCACCUACACAGCCGACCCACGGCCAGUUCGCCUUAACCAACGGGGACCCCCUGAACUGUCAUUCGUACCUCUCCGGAUAUAUUUCCCUCUUGCUGCGCGCAGAGCCUUACCCGACCUCUCGCUUCGGCAGCCAGUGCAUGCAGCCGAACAACAUCAUGGGCAUCGAGAACAUUUGUGAGUUGGCCGCCCGGAUGCUUUUCAGCGCGGUGGAAUGGGCUCGGAACAUUCCUUUCUUCCCCGACCUCCAGAUCACCGACCAGGUGGCUCUGCUGAGGCUCACCUGGAGCGAGUUGUUUGUCCUCAACGCUGCCCAGUGCGCCAUGCCUCUCCACGUCGCCCCGCUCUUGGCCGCCGCCGGCCUCCACGCGUCGCCCAUGUCCGCCGACCGCGUGGUCGCCUUUAUGGACCACAUACGCAUUUUCCAGGAGCAGGUGGAGAAACUCAAAGCCCUACACGUGGACUCGGCGGAAUACAGCUGCUUGAAGGCGAUUGUCCUCUUCACCUCAGAUGCGUGUGGUCUAUCCGACGUAGCGCACGUUGAAAGUUUACAGGAGAAGUCUCAGUGCGCCUUGGAAGAAUACGUCAGGAGCCAGUAUCCAAACCAGCCCACCCGUUUUGGGAAACUGUUGUUACGCCUCCCCUCUCUUCGCACCGUCUCCUCCUCGGUCAUAGAGCAAUUGUUUUUCGUCCGUUUGGUAGGUAAAACCCCCAUAGAAACCCUUAUCAGAGAUAUGCUACUGUCUGGAAGCAGUUUUAACUGGCCGUAUAUGGCCAUCCAAUAAGAGAAAAAGGGGAGAGAAAAAAAAUAUGUUGGAGAGAGGAGGAGGAAAAAAAUAAUAAUUCCACAAAUCAGAGAAUUGGACAAAAGCAAAACAAAACACACACACACACACACACAAUGGAAAAAAAAUUGGAACAGAGGAAUCGCGAGUGACAUUUGGGUCUGGCGGUUGUGUAAACGUCCUUUCGGUUAAGCAAGGAUGUCACAUCUAAAAGAAGAGAGGAGAAUAAUUUGAAUGGACUAUGGAUUUUUUUUUAACAAAAGAGAGACUUGUUCAAUGGACUUUUUACACAAUGCAUUAAAAUUCCCUUGUCUUUCACAAGUUACUAUUUCUCUCUUUUUCUCUCUUUCGCUUGAAAAAAAACCUUUCUUUCUUUCUUUCUUUCUUUCUUUCUUUCUUUCUUUCUUUCUUUCUUUCUUUCUUUCUUUCGAGGGGGUGUUAAAACUUCGAAAUGCAACCUCUCACUAAAAGUGCAUUUUUUUAAAAACAAGCAAACCUGUAGAAAAUUAACAUAAUGGGGAAAAUUCCUCUUUCUUCCUGUCUAUUUCUCUCUCUGUUUCUGUCUCUCCUCUAUUGCCCCCCUCUCAUCCUCUCUCUCUCUCUCUCUCUCUCUCUCUCUCUCUCCAAAUUAUUGAUUUGUCCAACAUUGUCUGUGUACCUAUAGGAUUUUGUUUUGGGUUUUUUUUAAAAGAAAUCCUGGUUCCAAACCAGUUUAUUCUGUGGUUCUAUAAUAAUUUUGAUAUAAUCUUGGUUUCAUUUUUCUUUUCUUUUUUUUUUUAAAGAACUGUGUAUCCUUUAAAAAGUAUAUGUUCUGAAAGAAUUAAAACUGUCUUGGAAAGGUUUCUGAGAAGAACAUAAAAUUGGGAAUAAAGACACCCCCCCACCCCAAAAUAAUUCUAGAAAGAUGGAAGCGCACUUAAAUCCGGUCAGCCAAAAAUUUAGCUUCAAGCUACUACUACUAUAAUUAUAGCUUUUUUAUUAUUAUUAUUAAAGUGAACCACGAUCAACCUGCCUGUACCCCGUCUGAGGGGAGAUGUAUGUAUAUAUGUAUAUGUGUGUGUGU